GCAUUAUCGGAAGCGCUCUGCGUCACGUGGACGGUCUGGUAGCCGUUCUAGAAGUCGUUCUCCAUCUGACAAAAGGGGAAAACGUGGAGAAGACAGGCGCUCUAGAAGUAGAGAUCGAGAACGUAGACGUGAGAGGUCACGCAGUAGGGACAAGAGAAGGUCUCGAUCGCGUGACAGAAAGCGUCAAAGACGUUCAAGAAGUAGAGAAAGGGAACGGAGCCGAGAGAGAAGAAGAUCCCGGAGCCGAGAGAGGAGGCGCUCUAGAAGCAGAAGUAGAGGUAGACGGUCUCGAUCCUCCAGUCCAAGCAAGAACAGGAAAACGGAAAACAG